CGGACCCACACGUACAUUGGUAAAUGUUGGAGCGCAGUGCCAGUAGUACGUUUUUCUCCCGUCAAAUCAGCUUGGUUACUAAUUAUUUUUCACGAAUUUGAUUCCAAUAUUUGAAGAUGGAGGAUGCGUGGGGAAUACUGGCCCUUUCUUUGGCCAUGUUAGUUGGGUGUUUUGUUGCAGGAACAAUACCACUCACGGUCCCCCUUUCAGAGAGCAAGUUAAGAUUUGUGACAGUUCUUGGAGCUGGUCUUCUUGUUGGAACUGCACUGGCUGUUAUUAUUCCAGAGGGUGUCCAUGCUUUAUUUGAAGGAACAGAAGACUCCCAUGUUCACCGAGGUGUGAAUCUCCCAGCAGUAGCUCCAGAUGGUCAAGCACUUGUUGCACAACCAGCAGAAGGAAACCCCCCAGAAGCAAAUGGUGACGCCCAUCAUCAUAGUCAUGGCAAGAGCAAUGAGGAAGAGCUCCAUUAUGUAAUAGGGGUGUCCUUAGUACUGGGGUUUGUUUUUAUGCUGCUUGUGGAUCAGAUUGGAGGCUCCCAUGCUCAUUCACAUUCACAGAUGUCAGGAGAAGGUGAAAAUCAAGGGAGAACGAGUCGAGUUGGUUUCACAGCAACGUUAGGAUUGGUUGUACAUGCAGCAGCGGAUGGAAUUGCUAUGGGAGCUGCAGCAAUGGGUCGUACAGAUGUUCAAAUGAUUGUAUUUGUUGCCAUUAUGCUUCACAAGGCACCAGCAGCAUUUGGUCUGGUAACCUUCUUAAUGCAUGAGAACUACCAAAGAAAUAGGAUACGCAAACAUCUUAUGAUCUUCUCUAUGGCGGCACCAGUUGCUGCUCUCGUAACGUAUUUUGGUUUGAGUCAUACCAGCAAAGAAGCCCUGUCUACAUUUAAUGCGACGGGUAUUUCCAUGUUAUUCUCUGCUGGGACCUUCCUUUAUGUAGCUACAGUUCAUGUUCUUCCAGAAAUAGCAGGAACUCGCCGAACGUCAUCUACAGAUCUAGAGGGAAACACAGAAGUCACAUCAGGAUUUAGCCGUUUGGAGCUUCUUGGUGUGGUUAGUGGAUGUUUAGCUCCGUUAAUUUUGUCACUUGGACAUCAUCACUAAGUUUUUUUAUAUUCAUAAGAGAAUAGACUGAAUCAUUAAGCUCUGCUUUCAUACAUGCAUCUCUACACACAUUGCUUUGGUAAGACAGUACAUCACACAUUCAUACACAUCCAAUGUAUGCACAACAUUUUGGCUACUUCUGCAUCCAAAGCUGGCAUACCAUUGUAUGUGAUUUCAUGAAAAAAAAUCACCCACUUCUUUAUUCCAAGGUAUUUUUUUAUGACACGAACUGAUACCACUGAGAGGACCUUGACACUUUGCAAAACGUGUGAAAAGCAAAGUCCAAAAACUAUUGUUUUCAUACAUAAAUCCGUAUAGAAAAACUUUGAAAAUUUAUACUUUGCAUGGUGGAAAUACGAUAAGGUAAGGUUUGCGGUAACACCAUGUAAAUGAGUUGGGGUGGUUCUGAAAAGAACCAUUGGUUUCACUCAACGUUACGAUCAGUAUGCUCUGAUGAUCAAGGAACUUUUCCUGUCACACUCCAAAUGCACAAUGCGCUACCUGAAUGUAGUCUAUUUGAAAUUUGUCAUAGUCUUAGCAUGUGUCUGAUUUGUCCAUGCAUUAAUAGUGCAGAGCUUAAUGGGUCGGUCUGUUCAUUUUUUAUGUUUUUUCAUUUUUUACAUUUUGCAUUUUGUUUUUCUUGUUCAAUACAAACAUUGAAUAUUUGAACUUCCACAACGAAGACAAAGAUACUUAAUUUAAAGCCAUUAUCACUUUCGGUACAGAAAAAAAAAAAAGGGUUCACAGAUUUACAAAUAAUUUACA